AUGGUCAAAGAGCAUUACUCGGCAUUCCGAGAUAAUCACGUUCACCCUACCUCAACAUCUCAACAAGUUGAGAGCAGAAAAACCGAAGAUCACUCCAGUCUCGAAGGUGGCCUUCAUCCGAAGCACAGAACAGACUUCGACGAUAUUCCACUCGUUCACCUCCAUGACCAACUGGCAAAGCUCAUCAAGACCAAAGAUGGCUAUUUUCGGAUCUGCGAGUUGGUGACAUACUUGCUGGAGGAUAGAGGCGAAAAGCCUUCAUUGGUUCAUUAUGAUGCAUUGAUAAGAGCGAACGCUGUUGCUGAGUAUGGCGGUGCUGAUGUUGUGAAACAUUUACUGCAAGAAAUGAAAGAGCUAGGAAUUGGAGCUGAUAAUGGAUUAUAUCAUGGAGUUCUACAGGUUCUUGCCAUUCAUCCGGACUACCUUCUUCGAGAACAAAUCUUGCAGGAAAUGAAAAUGAAGUGGUUCGGACUCUCUCCAGAAGGUUGGCAUAACUAUGUUGUUGGCCUUCUUCGUGAUCGACAAUACGAAGUUGCCAUAGAUAAGCUGGAGCAGAUGCAUACAGAUAAUAUCAUGGUUCAGCCGUGGUUGUAUGAUAUAUUCAUGUUCCAACUUUGUGAUGCUGGGGAGCUGGAUGAGGUUUUCAAGCUUCUCAAGCACAGGUUUGAGAACGAUCGAAAGGAGAUCCAGCCAAGUGUAUGGUACUAUGUCCUCGAUGCUUUCACCAAAGCAUUCCAUUACGAAGGAACAAAAUACAUUUGGAAAAGACGCAUUCAGACAAAUUUCCUGGUUCCUUCCGAUGGAAUCUGCACAGUGGCACUCAACAUGGCCGCGAGAUAUGCUGAUCCUGGAUUUGCAACAUCUAUAGUCCGCAUUCUAUCGAGCCGACUGUCAGUCCUUGCUCCAUACCAUUACGAAGCUUUACUCGCAGCAUAUGCUGGAUCCGGUGACAUGAAAACCGCCUUCCGUAUCCUGGCAAUCAUGUCCAAAGCCAAGCUGGAACCAGAUACAAACACCACCCGACCAUUGUUCAUUCAACUAUCACAAUCAAACAUCAACCCUCUAGUGGCGUGGGAAGACUUGAAAAGCCUAUCUAAAGACGGCCAUGUUAUUCCCGUCACGGCAGCAAACGUCGUCCUCGAAGCCUGUUGCGAGACCAAUCAAUUCGAGCACGCAAUAACCUUCUACAAAGAACUUCACGAAAUCAUCGAAACUGGUCCAAACACAGAUACAUUCAACACCCUCCUCCAAGGCGCCGUCUACGCAGGCCGUAAAGAUCUCUGCAUGUUCUUCGCCAGCGAAAUGGCUGCUUUAGACAUCAAAGCCGAUCGACUAACCUACGAUCGUCUCAUCCUGGCCUGUCUCCCAGACCCGGACUACGAGGAUGCGUUCAGGUACCUGGAGGAGAUGACGCUAGUAGGGAAAGAUAAGGGGGAUGGCGGGUGGUGGAUGAGGGCUGGUACCGCGAGGGCGAUGGUGGAACGGUGUUCAGCGGCGGGGGAUGAGCGGGCGUGGGGGAUUCUGAAGAUGAUGAUGAAGAGGGGGAUGAGGGCUCCGGAGACUUGGGUGAAGGAUAAUUGGGGAAAGGAAAUCAGUGGUAGGGGCAUUGGGAUGAAGCUCAAAGAGCGUGCUCCUGGACUUGUAUAG